AUGAGGAGAGAUCUUGGGGUGGCACUGCUCGUGUUGCUGUCUGCAGCUGUGAAGUCCAACAGCAUGUCUCCACCAGGGAAACCGGUCCUCCUCGGCUGCAGGUCCCCCGACAAGGAGACGUUUACCUGCUGGUGGGAGCCAGGCUCCGACGGUGGGCUGCCCACCACACACCACCUGUAUUACGAGAGAGAAAGAUUGGAGGGAACGUAUGAGUGUGCGGACUAUCAGUCGGCGGGGAGGAACUCCUGCUUCUUCAACAAGAACCACACUUCCAUCUGGGUCGACUACUACCUGACAGUGAUGGCCUCCAAUGCCCUGGGGAAUGCCACUUCAGACCCUUUUAAGAUGGAUGUCAUGGAAAUCGUGAAGCCUGAUGCUCCUGAAAACGUAACGGUGCUGGUGGAGGAGAGAGAGAACAGUCCGUGUCUCCAUGUCAGAUGGGAUCCUCCAUCUAACACAGACACCAAGUCCGGCUGGGUCACCAUUAAAUAUGAACUAAGAGUCAAAAAAGAAAACAGCAGCAAGUGGAAGAAGUACACGUCAGGUACACAAAGUCAUUUCAGCCUGUACAGUGUCCAUCCUGGGGGGGUGUACACGGCGCAGGUGCGCUGCAGACUAGAUCACAGCUUCUGGAGCGAGUGGAGCAAUACUACCUGUGUGAAAAUCUCUGACUAUCUUCAGAAUGAGAGACCAUUUUGGAUAUUGGUUUCUAGCCUCUCUGCCAUACUGUGUAUAACAGCAGUGUGUUCCUUAAUCGUGAAGAGGAAAUAUGUGAAGCUGUGUGUUCUGCCACCUGUUCCUGGUCCAAAGAUAAGAGGAGUCGAUGCUCAACUUCUUAAGAGUGGGGGACCCGAAGACGUCGACAACGCCCUCAUCAUCAACCAGAGCUUUCCUCCUGUGGUGGUCUGGAAGGACCAGAUGGAGGAGUAUCUAAUUGUGACUGAAAAUGAAGAUGGGCUUCUCUCCAAUUCUCAAAAAAGGAGCAAAAGCUUGAUUAUUUCCGCUUGCUUCCACUUAGCCUCUGAAAUCCAUUGUAAGGAGUCCACCUUCAGCCACAGUGCCUGGGAAAAGGCUGAGGAAAGAAAGAAUGAAAUAGAAAGCACCAACAAACCAUUCACAAACAGCGGUUAUGUGGAUAUUCAACGACAUGUUGAAAACAUACAAGGGGUGCAUGUGAAACAGGUGGACUACCUCAGAGUUAAAGAGGUGAACGGUGACAAUGUUCUCAUCCUCGAGACAGAAAACGUCCCAUUUAAGACCUUUGGCUACAUGGGCGUUCAGAGACAAGAGAGAAUACCAGAGGACUACAGCAGGGUGAAAGAGGUGCACAGUGACAAUAUGGUCGUCCUGCAGAAACAAAAUGUGUCAGUUGACUCAUCCUGUAGAGAGAAGAGAAACCACUACACAGACUGUGCCCUUCACAAUCCAAGAAAGGUUCCUGUGUGCACAGAAAUCAUCGAUAGCGAAUAUGUAGAUACCAUCCCUGCCCCACCUUUAAUGUAA